UUUUUUCCAUUGACAGACAACAUGAGAAUGACUGACUUGAAAAUGAGAGUUCUGAUAAAUAAUUUUGAUCCACAGACCAUCCAUGGCUAAGCCCUUUAUUGGUUCCUAUAUUUGCGUCUAGUUAUUUCAUUUGUUUGAUUACAGACAGGCGGUGUGGUAGUGGCGGUGGUGCAGAGAAUUUGGUAAGAAAAUGGCAAACAAUGGGCUCCAAGAAACACUGCUGAAGAAACAGUACCAUGAGAACUGCCCUGGUUGUGUGGUGGAUGAGAUGAAGGAGAGGCAGGAAGGUGUGCCCAUCAAGAAGCUUUUAACCAUGGGGACCAUUGUGCUAUCUGCAGGUCGUGCUCUGACAUCUUUUUCUCUGUCUUUGGUUGCUUCCUCAGCACUACCAAUUGCAUCUCUUUAUCCAUUUCUUUAUUUUAUGAUAAGAGAUUUCCAUAUUGCAAAGAGGGAGGAAGAUAUCAAUUUUUAUGCAGGCUAUGUUGGUGCCUCAUAUAUGCUUGGAAGAACUCUGACUUCCAUAUUUUGGGGAGUAGUGGCUGAUCGAUAUGGUCGAAAACCUGUCAUAUUCACAGGGGUUAUCGCUAUAUUUGUUUUCAAUACUCUAUUCGGUCUUAGUUUGAACUUCUGGAUGGCAAUUGGUACAAGGUUUCUGCUUGGUGCAUUGAACGGUUUACUCGGACCAAUGAAGGCAUAUGCAAGUGAGAUUUGCCAUCACAAGUAUCAAGCUGUGGCACUCUCCUCUAUCAGUGCAUCGUGGGCCAUAGGUUUGAUCACUGGCCCAGCUUUGGGAGGUUUUCUUGCACAGCCCGCAGAAAAAUAUCCUGCCACAUUUUCUCCAAAUUCUAUCUUUGGCAGAUUUCCAUACUUCCUGCCGUGCCUUUGCAUAUCGCUCUUUGCAUUAAUUGGGGCAAUUUGUUGUUUUUGGCUACCGGAGACGUUGCAUAUGCACCCUUGUAAUAGUUCACCUUCUGAAUCAUAUGAUGCUUUGGAGGCUGCACUACCAAAAUUCAACUGGAAAACAGAAACAAAAGAUGGAAGAGAAACUGCUUCUGCAAAAAGUCUCUUGAAGAAUUGGCCAUUAAUGUCAUCCAUAAUAGUAUAUUGCAUUUUCUCCCUUCAUGAUAUGGCUUAUUCAGAGAUAUGUUCAUUAUGGGCAGAAAGCCCCAGGAAGUUUGGAGGUUUAAGUUAUUCAACUCAAAGUGUUGGUGAAAUUCUAACAAUUACAGGAUGUGGACUUUUAGUUUUCCAACUAUUUUUGUAUCCAUUUGUGGAGAAGAUGCUCGGCCCAAUUAACAUUGCUCGAAUUUCAGGAAUAUUGUCAAUACCUCUGCUGACAAGCUACCCCUAUAUAGCGAUGCUAUCUGGAAUUGCCCUUGCAGUUGUCCUCAAUUGUGCAAUACUGUUGAAAAGCGUCUUAUCUACCUCCAUUAUCACUGGUUUGUUCAUACUUCAGAAUAAUGCUGUGGAACAACACCAAAGAGGUGCUGCUAAUGGCAUUGCCAUGACAGCAAUGUCAUUGUUCAAAGCUGUAGGUCCAGCUGGUGGAGGUGCAAUCCUUUCUUGGGCACAAAAGCGUCAGCAUGCUGCCUUCUUUCCAGGUGUACACUUAGUCUUCUUCAUCUUGAAUGUAAUUGAGGCAAUCGGAGUAUUGAUGACCUUCAAACCAUUUUUAGCUGACUGGAGUCAAUAUGAGUCGCAGAAUUGAAAGUCAUGAUUCAGUUGAACUUCCAUAAUGCAAUGAAUCAAAGCGCAUAUUAAGCAUGAUUCUUUUGCACAGUAGUUGGUGCUGAAUCUGGUGGCACCAGAAUCAGAAUGCUCAUACUAACUGGUAGAGAGAAGGUAAUUGCUGCCGUUGUUGGGAGGGGAAUCAUUGUCAUAAGGUCAUUCAUCACUUGGAAGCCAUUAGCAUUUCGAAAAUGCAAAGUUUCAGUUUACAGGUCAGAUAUAGAUAUAGGACAUGCAUAUGAAGAUAUAACACUUUGUUGUAAUUAACUUUGUAUAACAAUGAAUUACCAAAAUAAAACACAUGUAAAUAUAUGUAAAUAAAAUAUAUAUGUAUGUAUGUGUGUCUGUAUGUUAGUAUGUUAAGUAUUUUUGUCCAAUCAGUUAGGCUUCAGCUACCAAUCAA